AUGUCUGCCUCUAGACUUCAAAGAGAAAAGCAAAGAAAGCUGGCUAAACAGGCCGCAAUUGCUCAUGGACAAGGCCAUGUUCAACAUAGCAUAAUGGGAAAUCAGGGACCCAAGCCCCAAGGGUCGGGAUCGCAAGGAGCUCAAUUGUCCGCGAACAUUAAACCUACAGAUGUUGUCAUCUCCAACUCGAUCGCGUCCAUGUUUCCGGACAAAGCAGAAAUGUACAACAAACUCAGAACUAAGGAAAGGGAGCUGGAUUUGAUGAUAAAUAAAAAAAUCAUUGACCUUCAGGAGUAUCAACAAUCUGUCACGAACGGCUUUGUGGAGGACUCAAACGAUUACCAAAUUUUGAGGAUUUUCAUCUACAACACAUCUGAAAACCAACCUUGGCAAGUGAAGGAUCAACAGGUAGAAUCUUUACCGCCUCCGUCCUGGACGUUGAGAAUCGAAGGGCGUUUGCUCAACGAUGCCGAACCUUCAGACUCCCCAAAACGAAGAAAAUUUAGCUCUUUUCUUUCUGGAAUUUCGGUAGAACUCAAAGCAAAAGAUGGCAAUGACGAAGACCUGUCAAUCGGGUCAAUUAAUGGUGGUCCAGAUUCAAGGGUGAUCGAAUGGCAUGAUAACUUUGGCGCUAACGAACUCGAAAGAAUGAAACACCAAUUUGACGGACUAGAUAUCAAAAGGUCUGGUUCAUCCAUUCCUCAGUCAGAAUUUCCGGAAAACGAAUCCCAGGAUCCUUCGGAAAAGGAGAUUGUGUGUGAUAUCGUCAUUCAGCCAAAGAUGUACCCAAUCAAAUUGCAGGUUGUGAAGGAUGCUUUGGUUGAACUUGUUGGAUCAAACGAGAUCUCGCAAUCUGACUGCAUUCACAAAAUAUUUAACUACAUCAAAAUGAACAAUUUGUUUGAAGUUCAAACUAUUCAGGACAAACAGGGCACGAAUCAGCAACCCCAGCAAGUUGUUACCGUCAAGACUGAUGAUCUUCUAUACCGUAUAUUUGGCAUCAAUUCGCUUACCUUGACGCAGAUUAUGGAAGUUGUUUCCACAAAGCUUCUUAAACCGAUCGAACCAAUUAAGGUGCAAUACAGUAUCAAUACUCUCAAAGAAACGACCCUGGGGGAUUUGGUGAUUGAUCUCAAGGUGAACUCGAGAUUUGUGGAUCCAACCUACAAACCUGGUUCCAAGCAGCUUGCAGAAAUCAGUGAAAUGAUCAAUCAAAGUGUAUUAAACAAACAACUGAUGAGCGAUUUGAGUAAGGUUAACGAAAGCUUGAAGUUGAACUUCCAACUCCUCAAUUAUUCGAAGUUGAAAUACGACUUUUACAAAAAAUUGAGUGAUAAUCCGGUUGACUUCUUGCAGGAAGUUCUGGAUAAGAACACCGAGUUCUUGAGAAUUCUGUCCAGUGAUUCUUUCACGUUUGGCACUGAUGGCAUUUUAGAUGAAGAACUUGUGAGGAAAUCUGAGUUCUACACUGAUGAAUUUUUGGCUGAGCACAUCAAUGUUCUAUUUAACUCUGGCAGGAUUUAA